UUGAUUUAGAUGGCUCGAUUUCAGCUGCAGAGAACUUACGGAUAUUCCAGAAAGUUGUUACUACGUUGGAAUCGUUGUGGAUAUAGGAUUAAAAUCAAUGCAAAGAAUAUUUCACAUCUGGAUAAUGAUAGAGAUAUUACUGAGGGUGAGAUUCACUCUCCAUUUCUAAAUCACAGCAGAGGAACUGAUCAGCAAGCAGUUUCUUCAUUAUUGGAGUCACCACUCUCAAUGCAUUAUAUGAACAAAAACCAUAAUGGUGAAAGAAUCUACCUUGGCAAGUACCCCAGUGUGACAUCAAUUCUUGGUCAAACCAAGCCUCCAAAUGAACAUUUUGCUUUGCUGAAUUGGAGGAAAGCUCAGAUUUCUGAGCUAGGAAAGAAAAAGUUUAAUAAGCAAGCUAAAAUCACCUUUAAGAAGGGACAACUUUUUCAUCAAGCUGUUCAGCUGUACUUCAACAGCAGUAAUGUACCAGUUAUAGAAGAAGGUUCCAGUGAUGCUGGAUACUGGCAGAGUGUCAAACAUGUGUUAAAGGACAUUGAAAAUGUGGUGGCAGUAGAGAGUGCUGUGGUGCAUCCUUUGCUACGGUAUGCUGGGACUCUUGACCUUAUUGCAGAAUAUAAGGGUACGCUAAGUGUGAUAGACUGGAAGACUUCAGCAAAACACAAAAGUAACCUCAAAGACUGCUAUUCGUACCCUCAACAAAUUGUGGCUUACGCUGGUGCUGUGAAUUUUGAUGAGAAUUAUCCAUUUCAGGUUUGUUUCAUUUCAUUUUUGUUUAUUUUUACAAGAGUUCAUGCUUACUAG